CGACUGCCGACUUUAAGCUACAUUCUGCGCAUGCGCAAACUGCCGAUACAGGCUCAGCAGCACUGGAGAUAAUCCGUGGUGCUGCGUCCAGUGGUGAGUCUCUCUCGCGAACAGCGUGACCGGCUGUUUGACAGUGUAUGAAAUUAGACAAAGAACUGAAAACAUUGCCUGGAUAUGUCCAGUUUUCACAAAUCAUUAGAUGAGAGCUGGAAGCAACGUGCACAGCAUGAGGUGUUGGAAGAUCCAACAAAGAUUGAAGACAACAUAUAUGCCUUGCGAACACUUGUUCAAGGUGAAAAAGGGCUAUAUUCAAGAACUGAUGACAUAUUCCUUUUAGCUUUUUUAAGAGCAAGAAAACACAAUGUGAAUGAAGCGUUCAAAUUGCUCAAAAACUUUUACAAAAUUAAAAAGGCACAUCCAAAACAACUUGAAUGCUGUCUUCCAUCAGAAAAAGGAUAUGUUUAUGACAUGGAUGUAAUGACAGUGCUAGACCAAAAAGAUAACGAUGGAAGGAUUGUAGUUAUCAUGAGAUUUGAAAAAGUGGAUUUCAAAAAGAUUGUCUUAGAAGAAUGCUUCCGGUUGACAGCAACAGUGCUUUCAUUUUGCUGUGAAGAUCCUCAUGUUCAGAUUUCUGGUGCAGUAUUUAUUGUGGAUAUGACAGGGUACGGACUUCAACAUUUCCUAGUUGCAACACCAUCAAACUUAUCACUUUUCGUUAAAAUGUUCCAGGAUAGCUUCCCUUUGAGGCUCAAGGGUAUCCAUGUUGUAAAUGCACCAUCACUUUUUAGUGCAGUGUUUGCACUUUGUAAACCAUUUUUGAAAGAAAAGCUGAGAAGAAGAAUUCAUAUUCAUGGUAGAAACAUGUCUUCCCUGCAUGAAUAUGUGCCUUUUGAGAUACUACCAAAGCAGUUAGGAGGAAUGCUUCCUGAUUUCAACUUCAGUUCGUUCAGAUCCAAAAUUCAACAUAAUGAAAACAUGAUCAAAGCAUGGAACAAAUAUGGAUAUGGUAUGAAACCUCAAGACAGUUUCAAAAGUGGAAUUUGAAAAUGAAUGUCAAGGUUUAGCUGACUAUUUCUAACAUGUAUGUCUUUAGAUGGUAAGAGAAAUUGUUAUGUAAACAAUUGUAUAAAAAGUCAGUAAAAUACAAUACAGAAUUC